UUGCUGCAAACAAAGCUCAGUAUACAGUAGUACAGCUUCCACCGUCUCGAUAGGCUUUGAGCCAGCGAGGAGUUCCGCGAAACAAGCGCCACUCUGACCCGCUGGUCUUUUCUUGCCCGGUAUCGCCCUUUCCUUCUGCACUUCGCUCUUGCGACCUACUCUACUUAUUCCGGAGUCUACCCAGAGGUCUGUGCUGGAAGGCCGGUCGCUGGCCCACUGCGUUGCCCUGUCGAAAGGCACCGCCAACCAUGCACCCAAACGCACGCUGGUGUACCGUCUGGUCGACAGCGACAGCGAGGAUAGCAACGUCAUGUGCACUGCGCAGACGGAGACCGGAGGAGCAGGUGACCUGCUGGAGGAGGUCGGGCUGGGUGACGGCAUCGAGGCGGCCAAGUGGGUCUGGUCUGAAACCACGAGGGCGUCAUGUCGUACAGGAGUCCGUGGUAAGCGCCUGGCUGCCAGCGUGGAGGCGCUGGUGGGGUGCCACCUGGCGGCAGCGCCGGCAGUAGCAGCGCCGGCAGUAGCAGCGCCGGCAGUAGCAGGCUGCAGCGGCGGCGGUGGCGGCGGCGGCGGCGGCGGCGGCGGUGGCGGCGCUGUGGCGCAGCGAGCGGCGGUGGCGGCGAUGGCCGCGGCCACCGGGUACUGCUUCCGCGACGGCGCCCUGGCGGCAUGCGCGGUGACGCAUGUGAGCUGGCCCGCGCUGGCGCCCUGGACGGCGAUUGCGGUGGAGGGCGACUGCGAUACAGCUACUGCCGGCGCAGCCACUGCCAGCGCGGCUGCUGCUACUGCCGCUCCCAGGGGCACGAGGGGCGCAGGCGGGCACUACCAGAUGCUAGCGGCGCUGUGGGGUAUCGGUGAGUGAGGGCAAAGGCAAGGGAAAGGGCAAGGGAAAGGGCAAGGGCCAGGGCAAGGGCAAGGGAAAGGGCAAGGGAAAGGGCAAGGGAAAGGGCAAAGGCAAGGGAAAGGGCAAGGGCAAGGGCAAGGGCAAGGGCCAGGGAAAGGGCAAGGGCAAGGGCCAGGGAAAGGGCAAGGGAAAGGGAAAGGGAAAGGGAAAGGGAAAGGGCAAGGGAAAGGGCAAGGGAAAGGGCACUGGAAGGGAGCGGAGGGUGGGAAGGAAUGAAGGGGAAGGGGUGGGCCGGUCGCGCACUGGUGGGGACGGCCUGUGGGACAGCAGUGGCGGAGGCUGCACUGGGUGCCAUCUGGCUGGACAGCGGCGGCGAGUGACCUGGCGGCGUGCGAGCAGGUGGGCAGGCCUAAGUUGUGUGUGUGGGUACAUGUGUAUGUGUAUGUGUACAUGUGUAUGUGUGUGUGUGUGUGUUUGUAUGUGUGCGCGAGGCGUGCGGGGCGUGUGCAGGUGUUGUUGUCACACGUAGGUGUGGCUGGCACGCACAUCGUACCUCGCACAUUGGUCGUGCACUCAGCUCUUCUUCGUUUCCUGUGGCGUGACCUGCUGGGGCAUGUGCCAGGAGGGCAGGAGUAGACCCGUAGAUGCAAAGGUCAGUCACAGCGCAGGUCGCCAUAGGCCAAGACCCGAAUGCACAUGCACAAUGCAUGUUCAUGCACGAGCCCGCCCGCCCAAGCCAGCGCCGGCAGAGCCAUUGCCACCCCAUCCCACCCUGCCCAAACCCUGGCGCCUUCGAGCCCGGGAAUGGGGCGGGAGCCAGGCGGUGCAGGGGAUGGGGCGGGGGGCAGGCGGUGCAGGGGAUGGGAUUGGAGGCAGGCGGUGCGCAAAAGCUGUGGUAGGCAGUGUUUGCGUGGCCCACAGAAGUGGGGCGGGGCUGGAGUCGGCGGCUCGUGGAUGUGGAUGGUUGCAAGGCGGGUGUCGUUGAGGCCGUGCAGUCUGAAUGUAGGCGGAGGAGUGGCGGUGGGGCGGGACUACCCGGGUUGCUGCUGGGGACGCGGAGCUUGUGACAGGUCCCGACCUUAAUCGGCUGACAAAUAUGCGGCCACGCGGACGGAUGUUCAGGUUUCGGCACUGAGAAGUGAGAACGCUGCAGGGCCUUGUGUGCAAGAAACGCAUGACAGGAGAAGGUCAACACGGAGUCACGGACGCGGUUCGGGUAGCACGUACGGCUGUAGAACAGGGUACGGCCGACUAGCCGAGCGUAGCCAUGACUGUCUUCAAGCGUGGCUAUCGUUUAUCUUUUGGGCGGUGGCGCGAGAUUUAUAAUGCAAGCUUAGGUACUCUGCAAGCGUAAGCGUGGGCAGGCAGGGGUGGCACACACUGCGGUGCGUGCGCUCACCCAUGCCGUAGACGGCCCCUCCUGCCCCCCUCGUUGCGGGAUUUCAGAUUUCCAAAUGACAUCCACUCGUGCCGUUGCUUUCACCCAAGCCAUACAGCCCCUUUCGGGUUGAUCCCUCCAAGGUGACUCACAGCGCCCUCCCGUUCAGCCAUGCACUGAUGUCGCAUGCAAUUC